UGUUCGCGACCCCGGACCGCCUCAGGGCACACUCGGAGCUCACGACCCCGACAUGACCAAACAGCCACAGCAGGCGCCGUGUCGGGCGGCCUGUAUGUUCGCCGGAGGUCUCGGCACCAGCGGCACCACUGGUGUCGGCGCUGGUGCCGGUGUUGGUGCCGGCAGUGUCCCUAGUGCAGUCCGGGAGAACCCAUCGUCCUCCAGCUGCUGGGGUGGUGCCGGCGGAGGUGACGGCGGUGUUACCCUUCCCGUCGAGCCGCCCGUCCGAGAGAGGAAGCUUCUGAGGACGUGUCGUCGUCGAGUGGGAGGACCCGUCUCCAAACACACCGGGCAGAAGGAGAAGCCGGUUCAUCUGGUUCAGAGGAGGAACGCGCGAGAGCGGCGCCGAGUGCAGGCGGUCAACGUGGCCUUCAGCAGGCUUAGCAAGGUGGUGCCCCUGGAGACCAGGGGGAAGAGGAUCAGCAAGGUGAAAACUCUACACAAGGCCAUCGAGUACAUUGACCAGCUGCGCAGGCUGCUGGCAGCAGAUGACCUUAGCCGAGGUCACGUGACCGGGCCAGCGCCGCUCGAGUCUGGAGGGGACAAGGAGAAUGCGUGGUGUGCGCCACUUCAGGUGUACGCAGACGACUUCUACCAGCCUCCACAGCAGCACGUCUACAACAUGCAGUACACCAUAAUGACCGGGUUCACCCCCGACCAGUAGAGCUGCAUCUACCAGCCUCCACAGCAGCACGUCUACAACAUGCAGUAUACGAUAAUGACCGGGUUCACCCCGGACCAGUAAAGCUGCAUCUACCAGCCUCCACAGCAGACAGCAGCUUGUCUUCAUCAUGCAGUAUACGAUAAUAACCGGGUUCACUCCGGACCAAUAGAGCUGCUUGCGCAAUAUCCAAGCAUUGGUUGGGUACUUCACCGGUACCCAGUUCUGUUCGGCUCGAUGACCAUGACAUUCCGGCCCUGUUUGACCGCCGCUGCCAGCACACGUUGACGUGUCAAAUUGGGUUUCCAUGGAGACAUCAACAAAUUCGCAUCUCCAACAUUACCACGGCACAAAGUAUGAUGUCAGCUCGCGAAAUGUGUUGUCAGCGUCGGUGAAACAGGGGCCCUGUCCCACCGAAUCGCUAGCAACCAAAUCACCGAGACCGCACAAGAACGAGUCGACUUAUGACGUGCCAGAUUAAGUGAAAGCGAGUUAAAGAUCUUCUGGAUAGUCACACAUUUUUACGAAUGGCCAUUGGUCAAUCUACAAGUGCGCUUCGCUGCACAGUGCACAGCUUCACCAAUGUUGAGUAUUUCUGUGCUAUUUGAAUCCGUCCAUGUCAGCCGUCCCGAGAUCCCGUUCAAACACGCGUCAGAUUCAUGAAUUUGACAAACGCAGCCUAGCGGUAUGUUAGGCUAUGCGGUAUGGUAUGCUAGCGGUAUUAUACAGCAUACGCGGUAUGCCUCAUGCAAGCUAUAGUGAGCUUUGUCUAGUCAGUGCCAGUAAGUUGCUAAGGUGUCUAUCAAUAUAAUACUAUAGAUAAAUAGGCUUGCUGUAGUGUGUGACGGUGCUGGUAAAAGGAAAAGGUAGUUGCCAGUUGGUGUAAGACUAAGAUGCUUGAGGUGCCAUCUGCUGCUGCAUAGUGUGACUUGGAAUUCUGUGUGGGGAGUUGUGAAACAAGCAGGUAGCCUUAGAAUGCAACUUUUCCGUCCAAAGAUCAUGCAACUGCAAAGCAAGCUGUAAAAUAUAGUUACUUGUUUCAAAGGUGAGCGUUUACAUAGAAGCGGGUG